AUGGCUUCGAACACUCUUGUUGAUGGUGGAGAUGAUGCACCCAAUUACCAAUUACGUGGUGUUGAACAAGUCUCUCCAAACUCUGGAACAAAUAGAUAUAUUCCAGAUUCACCCUCUUCGUUGACGCCAACAGAGGGCAUGUUAUUUGACACAGUUGAUGAUGCGUAUAACUUUUACAAAACUUACGCAGGAGCUGGAGGUUGGACUGAGGGUCAAAAAGAGUUUCAACCGGUCGAUACUUUAGUCGAACAACCGUCUGAUAGGUGGGUACGUAGGGUACCAUCCAAAAGGACCGGAUGCCAAGCUGCGAUCAGAAUAAAGCUUACCGAUGCCAAGAAGUAUCUGCUGUAUCAUUUUACAAAGGCGCACAACCAUGAUUUUGUGCACGAAGAAGACUUACAUCUUCUCAAGGAAAACAGAGGUAUUAAUCGUGCACACGAAGAGAUGAUAAACAAGAUGUCACAUCUCAACAUUGGUCCUGUUCGUGCAUUUAACAUUAUGAAGGAAGUGUAUGGUGGGUUCGACAAAGUCGGUGCGACCAAAGUCGAUUUUAAAAAUUUCAAGAAAGAAUUAAAUCUUUUUAUCGGAGAGUUUGAUGCUGAAAUGUAUAACAUGAUGUUUGUCCCUUUCAUUGGGAUUGAUAAUCACAAUAGGAAUGUCACACUUGGUGCUGCAAUUCUCGGUUCUGAAAUGGCAGAGACGUAUAGCUGGUUACUUAAGGCGAUCAAGAACGCAUAUUGGUACGCACCUCCCAUAAUCGUUACUGACCAAGACCCUGCAAUGAAAAAGGCUAUAGCGGAUGUUUGGCCUGAGUCUAGGCAUCGCUUAUGUAUGUGGCACAUCAUGGAUAAACUCACUACAAAGGUCUGUUUUUUAUAUGACAGGUCGGGGCUGCCCUGUGUUCAAAUACAGAUUUUAGGAAAAGAUUUGUCUGCAGUUGUUUGGACUAAUUCUCUAUUGCCCGAAGCGUUUGAGUCUGAAUGGGCAGCUAUUUUAAAUGAUUUCGGUUUAACCGACCAUGAAUGGCUGACGUAUAUAUACGGGCUACGUGAAUCAUGGAUUCCAGCUUACUAUCGCGAAGAAGAAAUGUAUGGUCUUAUGCGGACAUCAUCUAGGUCCGAAAGCGAGAAUCACUUUUUUGGCAAGAUUAGUAAUCUAAAGUGCACGUUGGUUGAAUUUCUUAGCCACUUCGACACAACUAUUGAAGCGCAAAGACACGAGCAUCGAAAAAACGAUCAUGACACUCGAUACACCAACCCUGGAGAGUGGAGUGAUUUUGUUCUCGAGAAGCAAGCUGCUCAGAUAUAUACCAGAACUAUAUUUUUUGAUGUUCAACUCGAGAUUCAACAUGCUAUUCAUCGUUGUACUAGUGUCAGAUUAGAUCACGUCGGUGAUUUCAUUAAGUUUUUUAUAAAGGAUCUCGAUCAGCCAUGUUCUUCGUUCUUCGAGGUUAUGAUACGCGAGGAGGAUAUUACUGUUAAGUGUAACUGCAACAGGUUUGAGCAGUUUGGAUUGUUGUGCAGUCACAUUUUUUGUGUGUUACGGAUUCUUGAUGUAAGGGAGUCUCCGAAACAAUAUAUAUUGAGGCGUUGGACGCGUGAAGCUGUUCCAAAUAGUUCCCCUGGGUCCAUUCUUACGGAUGGUGGAGAUCCAGAUCGUAGCGAGGAGGUUAACCGUUGUGUUCGUGAGAUUAGUCACGCAGCUGAGUAUGUUGUGAACAAGUUGAUUUCAAAAUUUGAUCAGUUGUCUGAUUUUCGUGAUCAUAUCAAGCAGUUUAUGUCAGUCGCUGAUGAAGCUCAAAUAAAUGCACUUCCCAAGACACGAUGUAAUCGAUUUGCUGAACUGCUGGGAGUUGCUCCAGAGAGCACGACCACUAUCCGUGUUCCAGUUGGUACCAGAGUAACGUGUUGGAAAUACACCGUGGCUGUGCCUGAGGCAGGUGGUUCGCGGAAUGUUGAAGGUAAUGUAGAUACAAUUGUUGAAGGAGACGCUGCUACAGUUGUUGAAGGUGAUGGUCCUGGAUCAAACGAUGCUGAUGAUGUGUUGUACACAUCUGGAAACGAUGCAGAUAUGGAUGAUGAAGACAAGGCAGAGUAG